AGUGCUAGGCCUAAUCUUUAUGACGCGAAUUCCAAGACCCGAGGACUUGCCGCCGACCACCAGAGCCAGCAGUACUACGACACCUUCCAAGGCGUCGCCAACUACCCCCCUCCGCAGCCACCGUCCGAGCCGGUAGUUGGUUUCCCUACGCCAGUCCCUCCUCUCGGCUCCUCCUGCCGGCCUCCUCUACCUCCCCAACGCCACCAUCACCACCACCACCAGGGAUACCAAACUGUCACCGGUUAUGUUGUUGUUGAGGGAAGGCCUGUGAGGGAACGAAGGCUUCCGUGCUGUGGUCUUGGAAGCGGCUGGUUAUUGUUUAUAAUGGGGUUCUUUCUUGGUGGCAUCCCCUGGUAUAUUGGAACUUUUAUUUUACUUUGUGUGAGGGUGGACUACAGAGAAAAACCUGGAUAUGUUGCAUGCACAUUAGCAGUAAGUUUUCCUUCAUUUCAUUUUACGUGCUAACUGCUAAGUAAUGUUUUCUAAUCAAAUAUAUCCCUGUAUAUUUAUAACUGUGAUUAUUUUGUAAUGAUGGAUUUCCAGAAGCAGUUUUCUUUGUUGUUUGCGUUUCCUCAUAAGUACAGUUCCAUGUUCAUGAAUUGGCAAAUAGCUUCGAUCUUCACGUUCUUGAAUUUUGCCACCAAGGUUACAGAGUGGCUGUAUGCGUAUCUAGUUUUUGUUGAUAUUCUAUUCAAACUCAGGAUAAGCUUAAUGAUAUAAGGGAAUUUUGCAUAUAUUAUAGAAACUGGCAUUUUGGAUUAGAACAUAGUGUUGAUUAUGAUUGUUUGGAAAGUUUGUGUUCCAGUCAAGUUUGUUGUAGCGUGCAAUUUGCCUGAACUUCUGGUAGUCCUUUAAAAUUUGUGUGCUUGCAAUAUAUAUUGCAGCUGUAUCUGUUCUGCCUGUUUGAAGCUACAUACCAUUUUAGGGAUUUGUUUAAUUAGUUCAUGGCACCAUAUUCAUAUAAUAGGACUGUUUAAACCUAUCACGCAAUGUGCACAUCUUGCUACUUAUGAGCCUUGUUAGUCGUAAGGGUAAUUCUAGGUGCAUGUCUGAGGUUUCCUGUUCUCCUCAUGUCUGUUUGUGAAAGUAGAAAAUGCGGUUGGAGGCAUGCAGCCCGUUUUUCUUUAGCUUAUCCUGUAUUCAUCCCUUAUCCAGUACUUAAUGUUUUCGUUUGUGAAAGUUGAGUGUAUUCGUCUUUCUUGGUUUCUCUAAAGUGAGGUUUUUA